UUUCAACUUGCUCAACAAGAUCAAGAACGUGAAAAUUAAUGCCUUACUACACUCUUUGGAUAAAAAUGCUAUUUCAGGAAGCAAUCAACAAGUGAUCAACUGCGUAUUUGAGUUUGACUAACGGACCUACAAUCUAUGCAGCUUCACCUUUCUCUUUAUGGCUUUUGCAAGUGUAAUGUAUAAUAUAGGUUCCAGCUGCAUAGUACUGUGGACAAGCUUUAGAGUGCAUUACUAGAGUCUACUGUACUUCUUUCUCUUUAUGGUUUGCAGUACUAGUAUACUAGGGUCUUUAUAUAGAGUUCUGUCUAUAUUAUAGAGAGUCUUUAUAUAACUUAUGUAGAGUUCUCUUUAUGGGAUCGAGUGGAAAGUAUAGUACAGUAGACGCUCAUGCGUUCCAGCUGCACUUUUUUCUAAUAAGACCUCUCGGGAACAACCAGGGCAGCCGCGUGGUGAACUACCCGGCAUCGGAGCGAGCGCCUUAAUACCGCGAAAGCAUGAUUGAAAAGACACAUGAGGAAAUGCAAAAGCAAAUAAUCAAAAGAAAAGCAAAACCUUGCAACACAUGAAAAAGACAAUUCACCCUUACUCCCGCCCCUUCAAUUAGACAAUACCUCGCGAACAGGUAAAUGGAUGGAUGGAUAGAAGGUCCACUCCAAAGAAGUAGACGUGAGGAUUAUAAGAAACUUGAAUCUCCUGCGAAAGGGUUCGUUGCAGUAACAAGAAAGCGCUGUCGUGAAGAUAAGUGAAAGCACAGUUGAUGUAACUCUAUAAGCUAAGAAGUAAGUAUUCAGUAGAGGGAUUUCGCCUUGGCGAUUGUUGUUGAUGUCGUCGUGGUACUAUAUUAACGUGGUGACAGUAUCAAGGUUCUCGUUCAUUGUGAGUAGUAUCAAGGUUCUCGUUCAUUGUGAGUAGUUUCUGAGGUCGUUUUCAAAUUUUUGUGUGUUAUUUGUGGUUUAGUUUCUAAGCAUUAGAAUCUAAUGGUAAAAAGUACUAAGGUAGCAGCUCUAGUGUCUGUAGUGGUUGUACUCUUAUCAGAUACAACUAAGAGAAAGAGUCCUAGAGUUGACUGCUCGUGCGGUGCUUAACGAUGAUCUAGACCGAAGUUAAUUAGCAGAAACAUCCCCUGCAUCUCUCGCAACUAAUCUUAACUCACAUUGAUGGCGCAUCAUGCCUAUACGCUUACCUUGUCGCAGGUGAGCUAACUCCUAUCCUAUCCUACUGGUUGUUUGGGAGGUAGAGGGAUGGGCAUAUUAGCGGCACAGGCUUAAUCCGAGCAUGUGAUUUGUGGUGCGUAAUUUAUUCAUCACUAUUUAGGAACUACAACUGCUAUGAUCUUCAUCUUGUCGCUUCGUCGCUUGGGGUAGUAGUACGAACACUACUUCUGCUCUGAAAAGUUUCUGCUUUAAAAUAUAACGCUUCGCAGUGGCUAAUAAGUAUCGCGUUAUAAGUUUAAGGCUGCCAUAGUUGAGACGCAUGGCGAAGAUGUAUUAUUCCGAGAAACAAGGGUCAUCUCGUUGAUGUGCAAGUCUCGAAUCCCGGGUUCUUUUUUCCUAAUCAAAAAAGGACACGGAAGGAAAGGCACUCAGUAGGUUGUAACUCAACAUUGUUUUCUUUAUUAGGGAGUACAUGAUUCACCUAAGGCGCUUAGUUCCGAUAAGUAAAGUAGAGUAGGACAGUAAUAGGCUCUUAUGAUUGAAAACAGUAGGUAGGAGAUAAAACCAAUAGAGCAAAUCACUUUUUCCCAAGAAAAUACAAAACCUAGCUGUGGGAAAGUUUUCUUUUUGUCUUAAUCCCGGGAUCUUUUUUCCUAUAAUCAAAACGAAUGAGUAACAGUUCCGAGAUCCGUGGAUUCGGCCUCACUCGUGCAGGCAGGACUGCUGUGACGUGGCGUUCAGCCCAGAUGAAGGGUAGCCGCCGUCGCCCAUUGAAUUGAGGCCCGACGAAGGCAACUAAUAUACCAGGGCGGGUCUUACCUGAGCUGCAUUGAAUGGAACUAUAGCGGGAAAUUGUAGACCCAGGUCCAAAGAAAAAAAGGCUCGAACCGCGAACGUGAAGGAAUGAGUCUAGCCCUCCUGCUUAUCAUGAUGCCGUGUACUCGAUGAAGGCGAUUCGCCGGCCUUGGCCAGCUUCACAUCUUCUACUAGGAUAUCUUUCAUUUACCCCAUUUCUUUGCAAAUUAAUUUGUGGAUUGACCCCAGUCCGUGAUGUCUUUUAACUUUUCUUGCACACUUGCAACUUAGAUUAGCUCAUCAUCAGAGUUUCUUGUACUUACAAGUUUUGACUUUCAGCAAGACCAAAGAACAUGUACUAGAUGCGCAGUUUUAUUGUCAUAAUUUUUUUCCGAAGAUGAAAAUAUAGAAGUGGUUGGCGCGGCGGCGCCAUAUACAACUUUGUGUAAGCUAGUAAAUGAUAAUACGUCCUUGGUGGCGAUUCUUGAGAGUCCUAUGGAUUCGCGCUACGAAGGUGUCUUCAGCUUCUACAGAAAUGUUGUACUUAGGUUAGUUAAAUCUCAUACAUACUAUGAUGUAGCCUCAUCUUACAUUAUGUUCUUGUGUCGGUACUAGAAGUCGUCUUGUCUGUCGUGUUUGUGAAAAGUGCGUAAAUUUGUGGCCCAAUGAACAUAUGUUGUGCCUGUGUGGCGAGCCAUCGGCCUCCAAAAUGAGCUGUACUUCUCUCCGUUUGCAAAGGAUCACUUAAAGAACAAUAGCCCUGCAUUGUCGUUUGCAAAGGAUCAAGAACAUAAAGAAACUUAUCGCGAAAAUACACAGGUCGACCUGUUUGGAGUUUGAUGUAACACGAGGGACUGGCGGUCUCGAAUGUAGAACGUUGAACGUGUGAGUACUGAGAAAGCUUUACAAGAGUACUCUACAGAAAAGUAGGAUCACCUGAAUCUUCAAUUCUCUCGGGGUAAAUCAGAUAGAGUCCACCAUGGUGGCUAUGUAAACGCGCUAGGUUUUCCACAACGAUUGCC